AUUAAUAAAGGUUACCAGUCGUCGUCGUAGCCGUCCACCAACAGUCACGACUGAAUCGUCGCCACAAUCAUAUCGAGCUGAGCCUUGUUAUUCGAUAAUAGCAGACAAGAUGUCUCUCGCUUUAUUGAGUAUACUUGCCGUAAUAAUUGUUUUAAUAUAUAUUUAUUUAACAAAAAAUUCUGGAUAUUGGGAAAAGCGAGGAAUUCCGUGUGCAUCUGGAAUUUUUUCGGGAAUAGUUUGUUCGCUACAGCUAUUGUGCUUAAGGAUUACAUACUUCGAACGUUUCAGUCGGAUGUACAAGGAAAACAAGAAUUUCAGCAUGGUCGGUUAUUACGAUUAUUUGUCGCCGUCGUUGUUGAUCAUCGAGCCGGGAUUGGUGAAGACGGUGUUGCAGACAAAUUUUGCUAGCUUCCACGAGAACUGUAGGAAGGUCGAUCCUAAGCUGGACCCUCUUGUGGCGUACAAUCCUUUUUUCUCGACUGGGGAAAAGUGGAUGACCGGAAGAAAGCGUCUGACUUAUGCGUUUUCAAGCAUGCGAUUAAAGACAUUGCUUGAAAGCGUGAAAUUGGUAUGCGCAGAGUUCGAGGGCUUUUUGGACAAGAAAUUAGGCAAAGCAGCGAAGGUGGAAUUGGAGCUUAAGAGCUUGUUCUCCAGGUACACAGCGCAAGUGGUGGCAAGCGCGGGAUUCGGUGUGGAUGGAUUGUGUUUUGAAGAGCGAGAAAAUGAGUCAUCGUUCAGAAACAUGAUGAAAAUCAUCUUGAGACCGUCUGCCCGAAGAUCGUUUAUUUUCGCGCUCACUAUGCUUCCCUUUUUGAACAAAUUCUUCAGGAUGAGUACCGUACCAAAGCACGUCGAUCGUUUCUUCAGAGGGCUGGUCGCGGAUCUUAUGCAGCAGAGGAGAACGGAGAAUGUAAUUAGGAAUGAUUUUCUCCAGUUGAUGGUGGAAUUAGAGCGAAUGGAGAAUGACAAGUUCGACAUAGAGGUGGUAACGGCUUACGCGAUGUCGUUCGCCCUAGAUGGUUACGAGACUUCCAGCAGCGUUUUGGGCUUCGUCGGCUUCCAAUUAGCGGCGCAUCCAGAAGUGCAGGAGAAGUUACGCGAAGAGGUGAUGUCCGUACUCUCCAGAUACGAUGGUGUUCUCACGUACGAAGCAUUGAAGGAAAUGACGUACAUGGAUCAAGUGAUUAACGAGACACAGAGGGUCAUAAAUAUAAGCCAAGUUAUGGUUAAGAUGUGUACGACAAAGUGCGAGCUGAAAGGAUCCGACGGUCUCGUCUGCGCCGUGGAACCUGGGACGUUGAUCAUGAUACCAGUUCAGGCCCUUCAGGAAGAUCCUCAAUAUUGGGACAAUCCCGAUGCAUUCGAUCCUGAAAGAUUCAGCCCGGACAGGAAACAGAACAUCGAGAGAUUUGCUUUCCUUCCCUUCGGCGAAGGGCCGCGGAUCUGCGUUGGAAUGAGGAUGGCUUUAUUGCAAAUGAAAGCAUGCUUGGCUAUUCUCUUAAGAAAAUACAGUUUGGAACUUUCACCCAAAACGCAGGUGCCCUUAAAGUUCAUGCCCGGGAGUUUCUUAACAAUAGUGAAGGGCGGCCUAUGGGUGUUUAUUCGUCCAUUAUAAUUAAUGGUUAUCACGACAAAGUGGAGACUAUAUUCACCAAAUACAAUGGCCAACCUAAGAAUCACUCAAAGAGAUGGAUCAGAUGAUCAGAGUAUCUUAGAAAUACUGCGCUUCGGCUGCGUUCGGACGGACAAACUCGGACGGACUGCGUUAUUGCGAACGAAAGUUAUCAUCUCUACUUUUGGAUCAUAUAAAUAUUCGAAGUAUUAGCCCGAUGCAAAUUUAUACGAUAUAUUAUAUACGACCAAUUUGUCGCAGAUGAAAAGGCAAAGGUUAAUUUACUCGUACCUUUAAUUGCAUGCUAGGAAAAGCGUUGAUCUUGCAAUAAUAUUUGUAGCGAGAUGCCUUUAUAUAAGCAAAGCUCCACAUAUGAUCAAUGCUUUGUAAGACACCAUGAGCACACAAAAAUUUUUCAUUGUUACCAAUAUUUGUUGAACUUGUUCGUCAGGUAGAGAUAGAGGAGUAUAAGUUAUUAAAAUAUUAAAGUUAUAAACCGUUUUGCUUCUCCUUCAGGAAAGCGUACGAUAUUGAGCGACUGUAUAUUGUUAUCGGCGUAAGAUUGUUCUCCUUAUCGCAUAAAGAACUGUAAUUCAUCCAGCAAAUCUGUGCAUCGCGUUGCAUCGCUGUGCAAACCUGUCUAUCGCAUUCGCUGUUUGAUUUUAUUCUCAACACAAAUAGAUAUUUAUGUUGUUAAUCGAAAUUCUUCAUAUAAUCGUCAUUGGCAUUGGCUUAUUUUUUAUAUGGUAUCCUACAGGAGAGAUCCAGGAUGUUCAGUUAGAUGAUACGAUUGUUGGUCAUUAUUCAAUCACAAGACCCAUAUCUUAUACUAUGUGAUAAAUGGGCUACGUCGAGUUGAAAUUCACGUUUGUGUUACGCAACAUAGAUUUAAUCGUUUAAUUUAAGCUCCUAUCAUCAAGUUUGUGUAUCAAUAUUUUCACUUAUAUUGAAUUAUAAAAUUAUUUAUCUCUUAAAUAAUAAAAUA